AUGAGUUUAAAACCAUUUACCUACCCAUUUCCAGAGACGAGGUUUCUUCAUGUCGGUCCCAGUGUGUAUAAAUUCAAAAUCAGAUAUGGAAACAGCAUCAGAGGAAUAGAGAUAGAAAAUAAGGACAUCAUCGUCGAGGAGCUGGAGGAUUCUAUCCGUGUGGUCUUGGGAAACUUGGACAAUCUGCAGCCUUUCACUACAGAGCACUUCGUUAUAUUUCCCUAUAAAAGCAAAUGGGAAAGAGUCUCUCACCUGAAAUUCAAACAUGGGGAAGCUGUCCUGAUCCCGUACCCGUUUGUGUUCACACUCUACGUGGAGCUGAACCGCUUUCAUGAAAACCUGUCACCUGGAGAAGCAGUGAAGGCCACCCCUCCUGGCAGGGUCCUCACUGCAAAAUCAUCUGGAUCCAUGAUGAGAAAACGAAAAUGCACAGAAGAACCCAGCUCCCCCGGCAGGCCGGAGCCGGCCAGGGCCAAGACGGGGACUUCCAGUCGCAGCCUCAGCAAAAAGAAGCCCCCUGUGGAAUCCAGGAGGGCUCGCUGCCUGCAGAGCAGCAUUCAGCCACGCUGCCCUUGCCACACCACCCCGAGAAACAAGGAAAGAAAAACCCAGCAGGAGUGUCAGCAGCCCUCGGCCUCUGACACCACGGACGUCCGGGAAGAGGGGUCUAGGCGCAGACCCCGUACUGCAGAGCCAGCUGUCCCACCCCCGCGGGAAGACAGCCUGCCUCCCCCUGGAGAGACAGCAGCCGGCGGCUUCUUUGGCUUUCUGCGCGCCCUCUUCCCGUUCCGGUACUUCUUCAGGAAGAGCAGCGGCGAGCCUGCCCAGAGCGAGGGCACCUGGAACCCCGCGGCCGCGCCUCCUCCGGCUCCGUCCUCGCCUUAG